AUGCAGAGACCAACCAAAAAACAAAAUAAAACCAUCGAUUUAACCACAGUGGAACCAGUCGUCAAUCCUCAUCGUUUCGAGUUUACAAUACACAACCAAGCUGCCUGCUUCAACAGGAACAACUCACACGGAGAACUCUUCUUGGUUUUGCUCGUCAAAUGUGCAACUUUCGAGAAGUUGGACCGAGAGCAAAUCCGGAAAACUUGGGGAGGUGUCAAGGAGGUUCUCGGUAGACGAGUCCUGACGAUGUUUCUUCUAGGGGAGUCAACGGACCCCAUCAUUCGGAGACAAAUUCAAGAGGAAAACCGUGAAUUCCAUGAUCUUAUCCAAGAAGACUUCAUCGAUGCGUACACAAAUCUGACUUACAAAAACAUGAUGGGACUGAAGUGGGUCUCGAUGUACUGCCAUCAAACCAGCUUUGUAUUCAGUGUAGAUGCUGACAUGAUGAUUAACAUUGUAACACUGGUGAAACGUCUGUCCAAAAUGCCCAAGACUAACUUUGCAGAAGGACAUCUUAGGACAAAUGUCAUCGUAGAAAGAGGAAACAAAUCCAAGUGGUACAUCCCAAAGGAGGUUUACGCUCCUAAAAGGUAUCCACCUUUUCUUAAUGGCGCUUGCUACGCAAUGUCUCGAGAUGUAGCUGUGCGUGUCUUUGACAAGAGUAAGUAUGUUCCGUUCCUUCGUCUCGAUGAUGCAUUUGUAGGAAUAACUAUGAACAAAACCGGCAUCAUUCUGCGAUUUUCUCCGAUGUACGAGCAAUAUUCGAAGAAGUACUCUGAGGCGAUGAAAAAGGGUAUUGGAGUUGGAAUACUUCACAACAGACAUCGUCUCAAUGAUAAAAUGUUGAGCCUUUGGCAUAAACUAGUUGGAUCGCAAAUUUAG